UUCUACUCUCAGGGAUCCGUCCGCCACUUCCUGAUACACCUGUUUGUCAGGUAGGGCUGUCCGCCCGCACAGUCUGCACAGGCGCCACGGAGAAACUGAGUCAUGACCACAUAGAUAAUGGACGGUUUUUUUCCAAAGCUUUGACGCAACUUGAGACUUCUAUCGUCAUGCGAGUGAACCCGUUUCCACAACUUAAAAUGCGUCGACCACGUCGAUGGACCGGCUCUCUGAACGUCUUACUGCUGUAUCUUGUCGUCUUUCUCGCUCCGUCCCCGGUCUCCUCCAUCAUAGUGAACACCCCGGCAGAGCUCCAUGCAUCUAAAUUGGACGCCGUCACAUUGUCCUGCACUUUCACUUCCACCAGUAGGCCGACCAGUAAGAUGACGGUCGACUGGUCCUACAGGCCCCAGAGUGGAGGGGCUCCACUGACGUUUUUCCACUUCUCCUCACGGGCGUUCCUUCCGCCUGACGGUCAGUUUGUGGGUCGCAUCCAGUGGAAGGGAGUCCCGGCGCGCGGGGAAGCUUCCAUCUCUCUGAUCAACGCCACGCUGAAGGACAACGGGACGUACACGUGCUCCGUCAGAAACCCCCCCGACGUCCACGGGUCGCCAACCUCGCACACGGUGCUCACUGUCACUCCUAAAGUGCCCAGCAUUCGCUUCUCUGACGUUGCGGUCCUUCUGGCUUUCAUCCUUCUCCCCUCCGCUAUCAUCACCCUCAUUCUGAUUGGACGGAUGCUCUGUCCCAAGAAACAGCACAGCCCAUCGCAGGCUUACAGAUCGCCCAUUGAGGUCACAGAGGGAGAGGAGUACGCUGUCCACCCAGCGGAGCCCAAAGCAAAGAGGGCCACGUGCUGUCAGCUAUAUCUGAUGGACUCGGAGGAUGAAGACGAGUAUUGCGACCUAAAAAAGAGGCCUCCUGUGGAUGACGAGUAUGCCGAGUCUCAGUGCUAGACAAACCCUGCUGGUUGGGAGCCGUAACUGCUUAAACCUGCUGGUGCCUCACACGUGGGAGGUACUGAAUGCAAAUUAAUGCUGGAUCCAUGUCUUCUUUGCCACAGUCAACCACUGACUCAUUCACUUUGGUGAUGUUUACUCUAGGUGGUGACCCCUUUGGAAUAAUAAUUUCCUGUAUACCGUUGACUACAAGCUCCUAGAUUUUCUAGGGCAAGCCAGAGGGCUCAAUUCCUAAAUUUUAGAGCUCGUAGUUGAUGAGAUAUUGUCUGUUUGCUCUGUCUCGACAGGUAAGCAGCUAGUGUCAUUCUGUCAGCUCCCACCUGACCCUGUACAUACAAACACAAAUGAGCACCGUGUAUUUUUAUAUCUUGAUGAUUUAUGUGUGUCACUUUCUUAUUGUGAAGGAGAUGGAUGCGUGUUUUUUGUCUAAUUUAUUGCCUGUGUCAGAGUGUUUAUAUGAAAUCUGUCGAUGCCUUUGUUGAGCUGUACUGGAACAUUUCUGUUAUAUUCUUAAGGUUUUGGACAGAAAACAAAAUGCUUUGAUUUUGAGUCGGCUAUGACAACAUAGUACUGUUUAUGCCAUACGUUGUGUAUACAGUAUAUUUCUAUAUUUUCAGUGUCUGUACAUAACUCUACCGUGUCAUUAUUUCAACAUCAGCAGUCGAUGUGUGUGUGUGUCACCUCAGUAUAUUUGAUGUCUGAGUUUGGAUGUGGUGUUUCAUGGAUGAGAUGAUUUCAUGUGAUAUAACAGGAUUGAACCUUUGUUUUGGAUGCACAGCUUUGCUUUAAUUACAUAUAUGUUUUUGCCCAAAUGAAUAGUUAAGGAUCAGAUUCUUCUGGCUUCGUGAUGGAUGAUCAUGAUUGUUUUUACAAUGGUUCUUCCAGCGAGUUAAUAAAGAUACUUUGCUCAUUAAAUUGGUGCAACUCUGUUAGCGAACCGAGACGGUUUGUUGGUAAAGCUUAUACGACCACCAUUUUCUCCUCUGCUCUCUCUUUGUUUUUGAGCUUUUGCACUAUUCAUGAACGUUCUUAAAUAUUCCUUUUAAAAGUCAUCGGGACACGCUGGAGUCUCAGAGCGUCACUCACAAUUGCGGCAGCAUCUGCUUCAUCCGCGCAGUCGUGUGGCUCUCAAGUCAUAAAGAGACCUAAUAAAAACCCUCCAAUGAAACACACAGUAACCCGUAAGUCCUCAUUCUGUCAUUUCUUUUACAUUCCUCAUUCAGCUCCAUUCAUGCCCUCUAGGUUUUAAUAAUUCACAUGCUGCUAUGGUGGAACAAUUAUCAUUCCUGCUUCACCUGAACUACCAUGGCAACAGCUUACUCAUGUCAGACGGGGACAAAAAAAAACAAUAUUGAAGGAAGAAAAGAUGCAGCCGACUGCCUGGGCUCGGUGUUGGGGAGGGGUCAUUCUGAAGGAACAACACAGAAAUACAAUACAGAAAUACACAGAACAACACAGAAAUACAAUCGGUCACGUUUACAGAUUUACUAUCAAUGCAGGUCUGCUCAGCAUUUCUUCUAAAUGUUCUAUUAAGCCAGAAUGUUUGUGUUUUAUCAACUUGGAUUCUCUCUUUGGGUUUAGCAGAGAGGAGGAUCAGCGCUGUAGAUUUACCUUAUUUAUCCAAAAGUAUUCUGGCUUCGUUACUGGGGGGGGGGGGUCUUGGGAUACAGGAAAUGUUGGUCCAAAUCUUAACGGUGAAAUACAAAACUCUCCUAAACGGCAGCAUUUCGAGGAAGCCUGACCCACCGACGAUGGCUGAACCUCAACACCAGCUCCACCCCUGCCUCAGAAAGUGAAUUGAUUAGUGAUGUCAACGUGUGCCUAACACCUUGGUAAGUAGAUGAAAUGACCAGUUUCACACAUCUAUUCAGUGCUUGAGUUUGACAGUUUCCUCAGGUAGUAAAUUGGCGGUUACCGGUAUGUAUCAACACUGGUUUUAUCUGCACUGUACUGCAGGUUGUCACCAUACAAUAUUAGUGAUUAUAAUAGAACUUUGGGGUAAAAGCAAGACAGUGUACUUUCUCUUGAGUCAGCACAUUGUGUCUUCAUGGAAUAACACCUGUGUGACAUUGUGUGAGUGCAGCUGGGUUGGAUGUAGAGAGUCCCAGAAGUGGGACACCUGGUCCAAUUUCAUUUCAUUCCAGCUGGUGGGAAAAACCUUUGAUUUCCAUCCUCUGGGUCAUAGUCCUCUGCUGUCUGGGAUCAUACUGAGACAAGAGAGGAACGACGGCUGGUCAGCAAGUUGUUUAUGGCUAAACUAAAUGUUCAAAACUAGAUAUUCGCUGCAAAGCAAAUACUUAGGAACUAAUAACAAUGCACCGAGACAAUUUAUCUGCUUCCCGAUGACUCGGUUAAUGAGUUUUGAAUAUUAGUUGCAUGUUUUAAGUCUACCGUGAACAAUGUAGACUGGACAAGGAGUCAAAUACUUGAUGCUGACAUCUAGGAUACAUUUCACAGUAAAGGUGUAUAAGAAAAAAAGAUCGAUGGAUGUAUGAAUCCAUGACUAUCACUUUAAUUGACACAUUUUGUUAUGUUCUCUGAUUGGAUGGCUAGUUGAGUAUUUCAGUAUAUUUGAUGCGGUGGUUUCUGGAUUUGGAUAGAGUCACUGUGGAAUUAGUGCGCUACACGAAUCCUAAUUUGUUUGAAAAUAAAGGAAAAGAAAACGUAGUAAGAUAGUGGAGAUAUAAAAAAAAAGAAAAGA